CGUCGUAAAAUAAAAUUUCUAAGAUAUUUCAGAUAUAUAUUAGAUAUAGAAAAAUGAUCGAAUGUUGCAUUGUGUGAUAUUUUCCUAAUAUUUUAAAAACGUAAUCGAAAAAAUUAUCGAUUUCUACGAUGUUUCCGCAACACUAAUAAUGAGAUUAUAAAUGUCGAAUAGAAUAAGAAAUAAUUAAGGAGGACAUGAAGCACGCGGUAUAGGUAUCCAAUAAGUGUGAGAACAAAGAAUGUUUCGAAGUCUGCUAUUGGUUACAAGCGCCUGAAUGUUAUUGGUCGAAGUACACGUGUCACGAAGCAUGCUUUACACGUGCGUUGUCUCUUGGCGAGCUGCUGGCCUACUAAAUCUGUUGCUUUAACAAUUUUCAAGUUUUUUUAUUCAUUAUUUGUUUUUAUCAUUCACAUAUGACCUAUUAUACGUACAUAAUUUAUUAGUUUGACCGGCUUACGUACCGUUCGUACUCAUCGGUUUUAGGUUUUAGUCAUUAUCCAGACCACCGAUUUUUAAUAUAGUACGCUGGCGAUUUUUCCACGAAAAACGAAGCAUAAUACUGGAAUGAAGAACAGAAGACAGAUCUAUGAUUAGCGCAAUGUUCAUAAAUCAUAUAGUGAUUAGGCAAGAUUAAUCAAGUUUACGAGAGAUUAUUUUUGUAAUAAAUAUGUCAUCUUUUGACGAAAAAGUAAAACAUACAUUGAAGAGUUACAUCACACGACAACAUCAACGGAAGCAGCAGCAAGAAAAUAAAGAGCAAACUCCAAGCGCAGAAAGGUGUGAAAUAGAGAGAAAAAUCUGCUAUGUGCAAAGGACGAUUUCCGAACUAGAGAAGGAGAGACGUAUGUUGAUCCAGGAAUUCAAGCAGGUAUUGAAUGAGGAGAUCGAAAUUGAAAAACAACGAUAUAUGGAGAGAAUGAGUGCUUGCUUUGAAGACUCAACGAUGGAAAAUGGUUAUGUGUGAAAGUAAGAACAAGAAUCAUCACAUUCACCAGUGAAUGCGUCUAUGAGUAGAAAAUGCUUUUUAUAUUUUAAUUUUAAACUUUAUGUAUUCUAUUUGUUGGAUAUCGUGUUUUUAAUACGAUUAAAUAUAUCAAUAUAUAUGUGAGAUUUUCCUACGAUUGAACCAAAUAAGAAUACUAGUGAUGUAUUAGUGUUCAAGCAGAGGGGCUCUUUAUAAGCCAGUUUCAGACAGACAAAUGAUAGAAAUAAAGUAUUGUAUACCAAAAGGAAAUACGCCAUGAGAUUAAUUGUAUUUAUUCGCGGAUUAUUGUCAUCAAUGGUGCUACAGUUCAAGGUCGAGUAGGUCGAGCCAUGGCCUUCUGAAUUGUUUGGCCUUCAGGUUUCUUAACAGUAAUUUUUAAGGGGGCAGGUUGUUAGCCUAGGCACUCAACUCCCAGUUUGGAAAACUAGAAAUCACUUUUAUGGGGGGAUACACAUAGCAGUUUCCAGUUGCUAUGUGUGGACCAACAGCUUAACGUCUCUUCCAAAAGACGGAGCCCAGUUUCUCCG